AUGAAAUCUUUAAAAUGGACUGAAUUCCUGUAAGAAAUAGGAGAUUCUAAAGACGUAGACUUAAAUGAGGAACAACUUAAGUAAAUUGUCAAGUUCCCAAAUCAGAAAAUGACAUAUUAAUAAUUAGAACAUUAUUUAAGCAAUGAAUUUAAGGUGCAUUUUAACCAAUAAAGCAAUCGAAGCAAAUGGCAUCAAAAGGAUAAAUACUUGUUUAUAUGGUGUGUUGCUAAAUUAGCCGAGAAGAGGAACUUAAAAUUCUAUGAAUUGCAUCAUAAAGGAGUCUUCGAAUAUCUGGCAAAAGUAUUAGAUGUUCCAGAGUAAUUUCUUUUAGUAAAAUGGAUGAGUCUAUUAAAACAAAGCUUGAAAUAACUGCCAUGGACCCCAGAGGAAGACAAAAUAUUGAUCCAAUUAAGAUAGAAAUAUCCAAGCAACAAUUGGACUGUAAUAGCAGAGGAAUUUAUUUACUUAACAAAAAAUUUAAGAUAUUAAAAGUAGAUACGUGAACGGUAUAAUAAUGUGAUUAAUUCCAAAAUCAAUAAAAAGCCUUUCACCUAUUAAGAAAAAUAUGCACUUAUGCUUCACGCUAAUGAAUUGAACAAAAAUUGGUCUGGUAUUGCCAAAAAGAUGCAAGGGCGGACUGAUAAUAAAAUUAAGAACUGCUAUAAUUCGAUUAUGAAAAAAAUUGCAAAAAAAAUGCAUUUAAAUAAAUUAAAUUCUCAAACAGAGAAGAAAAUCUUAAAGUUAAUCAAAAAAUAUAAUACUUGUGAUCCUGACGAAUUAGCAAGUCAGAUAGAAAAAGUUUAAACAAAUUUAAGUCCUUUAAAUGAAAGCCUCAACACCUUUAACGAGCAGCAUCUUAUAUCUCCAAUUCUCCCAAGCGUUUAACCAAUAUAACUCUUCUAUCCCUUCUACAUGUUUUAACCAAAUAUAGGAUUUCCAUUGUAAUAUUUUCAAUGA